AAAACUCAACCUCCCCAGCAAACCCAAGAGGCAAAAAUGACCCACUCGUUUCUUCUUCUAGCUUUCCUCCUCCUAGCCACACUCCACAUCUCAGCCCAACCCCCACCAACAGCACCGCCUCCAUCGCCACCGUCGCCAGCGGCCCAGCUCCCUGCCACUGCCGAGGAGUUCCUGGACGCCCACAACCAGGCGAGGGCCGAGGUGGGCGUGGCCCCGCUCCGGUGGAGCCCCUACCUAGCCGCCGCCGCGAGCCGCCAGGCCCUUUACCAGCGGGACCGGAUGUCGUGCAACUUUGCCAACCUUACGGCCUCCAAGUACGGUGGGAACCAGUUGUGGGCCGGCGGGGCGGGGAUGGCGACGGCACCACGAGCGGCGGUUGGGGUGUGGGUGAGGGAGAAGGCCUACUACGACCACGUGAGCAACACGUGCGCGGCGGGGCACCGGUGUGGGGUGUACACGCAGGUGGUGUGGAGGAACAGCUCGGAGGUGGGGUGCGUGCAGGCGAGGUGCCCCAAGGAGGCGGCGAGCUUGACUAUCUGCUUCUACAACCCUCCGGGGAACGUCGUCGGAGAGAGACCUUAUUUAGUAGAAGAUUGAAAUGAGUUUGUGUGUUCUUUUGUUAGUCUUGAAGAUAGCCAGAGAUGGGUGAAAGGUAGAGGUCAUUUUCGCAGUUGAAAAAGCUGUAGGAAGCACCGGUUGAUCUUACCCGUUUUAGGGUUUCUUGCUUUACAUUUUCAAGAUUAUAUAUAUUGUCCAUUUCCUUAGUUUCAAUUAAUACUUUUAUUAGUUGUA